CCACUGACUUCCGGCGUUGCCGGGGAGCCGCCGGGAGCGGGGGAUGCGGCCGGGUGGAGGGCGAAGGGCCGGUGGAGGAGGGCGCGGGCGGCGGCGACGGCGGGGCAAGGACGGGCCGGAGGGAUGGAGCGGCCCUGAGGGGAAGGAGGCGGCAGCUGGCGGGACGCGGGGCCGGGAGGCGGACCAGCAGGCGGCGGCGGCGGCGGCGGCGGGGCUCUGAGGCUCGCCCUCCCGCCCGCCCAGCCCUUCCGCGGGGUGCAGCGCCUGCCUCGGCCCGCAGUCGCCGUCCCCAACACGGAGGCCCCGGGGUCCCAGCGGCGGGAGGAGGACGAGGCGGAGGAGGAGGAGGAAGAGGCGGCGGCGGCCCAAAAUGAAGCUCCUGAAGCCGACGUGGGUCAACCACAGUGGCAAGCCGAUAUUUUCAGUUGAUAUCCAUCCUGAUGGGACCAAGUUUGCAACUGGAGGUCAAGGACAGGAUUCUGGGAAGGUGGUGAUAUGGAACAUGACUCCCGUACUCAAAGAGGAAGAUGAGAAGAAUGAGAAAGUACCCAAGAUGCUCUGUCAGAUGGACAAUCAUUUAGCAUGUGUGAACUGUGUGCGGUGGUCAAACAAUGGGGUGUAUCUGGCCUCAGGGGGAGACGACAAGCUGAUCAUGGUUUGGAAGAGAGCAAUGUACGUUGGACCUAGCACCAUUUUCGGUUCCAGCAGCAAACUUGCCAACGUAGAACAGUGGAGAUGCGUCUCAAUUCUUAGAAGCCAUUCAGGGGAUGUCAUGGAUGUGGCCUGGUCUCCGCAUGAUGCCUGGCUAGCCUCCUGCAGUGUGGAUAACACCGUUGUCAUCUGGAACGCUGUCAAAUUCCCAGAAAUCCUUGCCACCCUGAAGGGUCACUCGGGCUUGGUGAAGGGACUCACCUGGGACCCCGUUGGCAAAUACAUCGCGUCGCAAGCCGACGACCGGAGCUUGAAGGUGUGGCGGACCAUGGACUGGCAGCUGGAAACCAGCAUCACCAAACCGUUUGAUGAGUGUGGAGGCACAACCCAUGUGUUACGUCUCAGCUGGUCACCUGAUGGACACUAUCUAGUCUCUGCUCACGCCAUGAAUAAUUCUGGACCUACAGCACAGAUCAUUGAGAGAGACGGCUGGAAGACCAACAUGGAUUUUGUCGGCCAUCGCAAAGCAGUGACGGUGGUGAAAUUCAACCCGAAAAUAUUUAAGAAGAAGCAAAAGAAUGGGAGCUCGACUAAGUCUGGGUGCCCUUAUUGCUGCUGUGCCGUGGGCAGUAAAGACCGGUCCCUUUCUGUCUGGCUGACGUGUCUGAAAAGGCCGCUUGUCGUCAUACACGAACUAUUUGACAAGUCAAUCAUGGACAUCUCCUGGACCUUAAAUGGCCUUGGCAUCUUGGUGUGUUCCAUGGACGGGUCGGUGGCAUUUUUGGAUUUUUCCCAGGAUGAACUUGGAGAUCCGCUGAGUGAGGAGGAGAAGAGCAAUAUCCAUCAAUCGACCUAUGGUAAAAGUUUAGCUAUAAUGACGGAGGCACAUCUGUCAACCACGAUCAUUGAGAAUCCAGAGAUGCUGAAGUACCAGCAAAGGCAGCAGCAGGUGGAGCAAAAGAACGAAGCGAUGCGAGAUGCAGCCGGCUCGGCCGCGGCAGCCCCGAAAGUGGCCAGCAUGGUCAACGGGGAGAGCUUGGAGGACAUUCGGAAGAAUCUUUUGAAAAAGCAAGUUGAGACCCGGACAGCUGAUGGCCGGAGAAGGAUUACACCGCUCUGCAUAGCUCAGCUGGACACGGGGGAUUUUUCUACAGCUUUCUUCAAUAGUAUUCCCAUUUCUGGAUCCUUAGCCGGCUCCAUGAUGUCGGCUUCUCAAACGAAUCAGCUCAUGUCAUUAGAUUACAAUGCAACCAAUUCCCUCCACACUUCUAAGCCUGCCUUGGAACCCGUGGCAGUCAGUGUCAAACCAACCGAAGACACAGUCAACAAAGAUGGUGUAAAUGCUACCUCGGCUCCGCCUGCUCCCCCUGCAUCAUCUCCCUCUGUGCUGAACACCCCUUCCAAGAUAGAACCGAUGAAGGCGUUUGAUUCCAGAUUCACGGAGCGAUCCAAAGCCACCUCAGGGACGUCGGCCAUCACGCAUACAAACCAGAUCGCCGUAGACAGAGCGAAGGAGGCAAACUCCAUUCGGGAAAGCAAGCCCAGGGAUAUUCUGGAGAGCAGCAGCGACAGCGAGGAAAAGAUCCCAGCAAAGCCUCUGUCGCUCUCGAAGCGCAAACUGGAACUUGAGAACGAGACCGUCGAGCAGAAGAAGAAGAAAGGCAGACCUCGGAAGGACUCUCGCCUCAUGCCCGUCACGCUCACCGUUCAGUCCCCGGCUGUCCUGUCUUCUGAGAAGGAUGGCGCUUGCCACAGUGCACCCUUAGCACUUAAACUGCCAACCCCGGUCCCACAGAAAUCAUUUGCAUUGCAGGUGAGCUCGGAUCCCUCCAUGUACCUUGAAGUGGAGAAUGAAAUCACGACAGUGGGAGGUUCAAAACUUAGCAGGCUAAAGUGCAAUCGAGAAGGGAAGGAGUGGGAAACGGUUCUCACCAGCCGCAUUCUCUCCGCCGCAGGAAGCUGCGAGGUGGUGAGCGUCGCUUGUGAGAAACGGACCCUUUCGGUGUUUUCGGCCUGUGGCCGCCGCCUACUCCCUCCCAUCGUCCUGCAUUCGCCGAUCUCCACUUUGCACUGCACGGGUUUUUACAUCAUGGCCCUCACGACUGCUGCAACCCUCUCUGUCUGGAACGUUCAGAAGCAGUCAGUAGUGGUGAAAGACGAAUCCUUACAAACCAUUUUAGCAGGCAGCGAAACGACCGUCUCUCAAAUCUUGUUGACGCAACACGGCAUCCCAGUAAUGAACAUGUCGGACGGAAAAGCAUAUUGCUUUAAUCCUUCUCUCUCUUCCUGGAACCUUGUCUCUGACAAGCAGGAAACCCUAGCACAAUGUGCGGACUUCAGAAACAGCUUACCAUCCCAGGAGGCUCUUCUGUGUUCGGGACCCUUAGCCAUAAUACAAGGGAGAACAUCUAAUUCUGGAAGGCAAGCCGCUAGACUGUUCUCCAUGCCUCACCUGGUACAGCAGGAAACCACCCUGGCAUACCUGGAGAGCCAGGUCGCGGCCGCACUUACGUUACAGUCCAGUCAUGAAUACCGCCACUGGCUCCUGAUCUAUGCACGGUACCUGGUCAAUGAAGGGUUUGAAUACCGAUUGCGGGAAUUAUGCAAGGAUUUGUUGGGUCCCGUCCACGGCUCACUCGGAAGCCAGUGGGAAUCGACCGUGGUGGGCUUACGGAAGCGAGAACUCCUCAAGGAACUGCUCCCUGUCAUCGGACAGAACCUCCGUUUCCAGCGGCUUUUCACAGAGUAUCAAGAGCAGCUAGACAUCUUGAAAGACAAGUAGCCUCUUUCCAGCUGCUUCUCUGGCCUAAGCAAAGUUUGCAUUAAUAACAGAAGUAGAGGCGACGUAGUCGGAAAGGAACACUCCAGGGCAAGGGCAAGGGCCCAAAGUGGUGUUUUACGGAGUGAAAUACUGUCACGUUCCAAGAAAGUUGCGAAAGGAAUAUGUGGAAAUAAGGGGAUGAACUGAACACCUUUCCCAAAUGGAAUUUGAGCACCGCAAUUGUGGCCUGUGGGUGCCUUGGGAAGUUAUGAUGGAGAAUGUCCUUCAGGGGUCCUUCUGAGUCCAGAUCGCAUUGUGACAAAUAUCAAAGAGACUAUUUGAGAGUCACGUGGAUUUUGGAUAUCCCACGAAAAGCACAGUACGAGAGAAAAACUGAACAUAUUAGUCCUCAUUCUAGGGUUCUUUGCUACGGAUUUCUUGAGGCUCUGAUCUACGUUUGGGUUACGAGAAGGAGCCCCGUACAAAGAAAGUUUCAUAGAAUACUUAAGGAAUUAUGCAGCCAACAGACUCAUAACUGUGAAUACAAUUUCAAAGGAAAAAAAAAUUACAGGCUGUUCUAUCACAUGGACUAUUUUUGUACUAGAAUUUGCUAACUUGUAAUAUGAAAUUUUAUUUGGCCAAUAACCGGAAUUUCCCCUUCCAAGUCACCUGGUUGUAUGAAACUUGUUAAUUAUGACAACUCUGUUGAUGAAUAAUUGUACCAAAAUUAACGUCAUCUGUUUUUUAAUUUUUAACUGUUUGUAAAAGGCAUUGGGGCGGGGGAGGUAGCUGAAAGGGAGGGUUGGGUUUUGGGGUUUUUUUGUAAGUACAAAUAAUAAAUGAACAUUGCAUUGAUCUCAGAACGAAGUGGAUGUUCUCGUGCUGCUUGUAGUAGCAUUAAACUGUACAGGCCGCAGCCUGUUGAAACAGA